CAAAAGAGAACAAAAGAGUGAGAAUCUAUGCAUUUCUUGUUUGCACGAGACCCAGAUCUCUUCUUGCGCUGCAUCGCUCUAUAAUCUAAGCAUUUCCUCAAACUAGCUCUUGAUGAUAAUUAAUUUCGUUGUAUAUUCUCGUGUGAGUCUCCUCUUCCCCUCCUUCCCCCCAGAUCUCCAUUACAUCUUGUAAAUAUAUAUAUAUACAUAAUAAUCCUAGUGGAUAUCAAAGAAGGGAGGAAUAGAUGGAGAGGGGAAAGGAAGUGUUGGGGUUCGAAGAAAGCUUGCAAAGUAGAAGACUUUCGCCGAUGCUUGACCUAAACGAAGAUGCGGUUAAAGAUGAGGAUCGAGAAGAGCAAGGAAAUGAUGGUGAGGGUCAAGAGAGCACUACCGAGGCUACUGAAGGAGGGAGCUCUAGCAAUAAUAGUGGUAGUGCCGAUGAUAAUAAUGACGGCGACAACAAGAAGAACAUCUUAUUAGAGGACAGCAAUGAAAGGAAGAGCACUGUGAGGCAGUACAACAGAUCGAAAAUGCCAAGGCUGCGUUGGACUCCGGACCUUCAUCGAUCUUUUGUUCUUGCUGUCGAAAGGCUUGGUGGCCAAGAAAGAGCAACCCCAAAGUUGGUUCUUCAGAUGAUGAAUGUGAGGGGACUAAGUAUUUCUCAUAUAAAGAGUCACUUGCAGAUGUAUAGGAGCAAGAAGCUAGAUGACUCAGGACAGGAAAAGAGUAACAUGUCCUCUUCAGGAACAUCACGGACGGAUAUUUAUUUUUCAAGAAGAGAUCACAUAUCCGAUAUGUUCUACAAAAGAAGGAAUUUAAUGGAGAAUAAGGCUCUUUCUCAAUCCAAGAAUGUCAGCAAUCUACAGCAUUUUUACAAUCUUCUUGGACAAUCAACACCUCCUCAGCCCUGCAGUUUCAGGCAGCUGCAGUGUGCUUUCAGUCAAAAAAUGGCAACGAGAACUAGUUCCGUUGAGGAUAUGGUCUUUCAGAAAGAAGGGAAGCCAACAAGCCAUCUUUUUGAUGUUAGAGACACACUUAAUGCAAGAAAUGGGAAUGCAACGACGGUCGAUGAAGUUCAUGACCAAAAAGUUAAUGAGAUUGCAAAGUUUUCUGCUCUUGUUAAGCAAGCCUCCACUGGUUCUACUAUUGAACUUAACACCGCUAGAAACUAUUAUAACAACAAUAUAAGCAACAUCAAGAAGACUGAAUCACUUCAACAUGAUACUAUCGCUAUAAAUGAAAGCUUUGGCCACACCUUUGGGCACUCAUUUUCCCUUGAGCAACAGGAGGACCAUGCUAAUAGCCACAAGCGCAAAUUUGAUGACAUGUUCAAUAUUGGAAAAACAACAAUUUCAGAGAAGAAGAAGAUGAAGUGUACCCCUAAUUUGCAACUAAGUUUGAGGCCAAUAUCACUAGGAAAUGGAAUCAACAAUGAGAAGGAUACCGAAACUGAAGAAGCCGAUACUAUGCUCUCACUAUCUCUCUCUCCUCCUAUUUGCACAAAAGAAGCAAGGAACUUUACAAUACAAGAAUUUAGCGUGAAAGAGUUUUUAAAGAGUAAUUUAGCAGCUACUAGGCCGCUACAGGGCUGAGUACUUCAGAUCUGACCAUGCUAAUUGCAGCAUUGGAGUGAGAUCUUUCAAGUACUUAGUCUCAAGGCCUGAGCAUUAGCAUAGUUUGAUUAGUUUCCUAUGUAUUAAGGUAUAUAUAGAGACUAAGGGUUCGGUUGAGUCUAUAACUACUUUGAGAUCAAUGGCCGUUUUACUAGCUAGUUUCCUGCCAUUAUGAUUUGAGAGAGAUUAGUUAUCCUGAUGGGUUGGUAAUCACUUUAGACCGCUAUAAAAAUUAGUUGGAUUAUAAAUGAUUAUUAAUAUAUGAUUGGACAUGGUUCAGUUUAAAAAAAAGGGG